AUGGUCGGUCACCGUGGUUGUUCUGUGGUUGUUUUGGCGGGAUUGUUCAAUUUCGCCAUUUGUUUCUUCCCGCCAUACCCCAUCAUGGAAAAAGAAAAUACUGGAACGGCCGAUGAUGCGGAUACGGAUUCACGAAGUCUGUUCGAGACCCUGGGGCCGGAGCCAAUACCGAUUUGCGAUUGUAACAAAGAGAUAGACAUCAUGGUAAAGGGGAUGAGGGCGGCAUAUGGCCGAAUGGAGAGCAUGCAAAGAAGAGUUGAUGAAAUGUCAUCCCAGUUGUUUUCACUGCAAGAAUCCAUGAAGGUGGUCCCAGCACGACUUGCUCGCUUAGGAAUCCAGCCCUACGACGUGGCCUUCUCGGCCAAGGUGGCGGCCAACCGGCCCUUCCUGCGCGACAUCGACACCGUCAUCUUCGACGAGAUCGUCGUCAACAACGGCGGCGCUUACGACCCGUUUACCGGCCGCUUCACGUGUCCCAUCGCCGGCAUCUACCACUUCGCCUGCACCAUCCUCUCCGGCUUCAACACCACCAUCGAAACUAUGUUCUACCUCAACGGCAACGACGUCGGCCGGAUAUACUCGGGCGCGCAGAACAAUCGAGGUUCCGGAAGUAACUCCAUCUUGCUGCAGAUGAAAGAGGCCGACCAGCUUUCUAUCAAUGUGUUUUACGGAAACGGAGAUUACGUUCACGGACAGUGGAGUACGUUCUCGGGAUUUCUCGUCAACCCGUUGAAUUUGUAA